AUCUUAAAUGUCACUGUGGCACGAGAACACAGUAGUGGCGAGCUACAAUGAGAUUUGCGAGGCUGGAGCAAAGCCCACCAUUUCCAUCACCGCCAUCAUCUCGGCUCUCAAGGCAUGCGGCAACAAUGGAGACCUCGACGCUGGUAAGAGACUCCACUCCAGCCUCCUCCUCCACCGCCAUAGCUGCGAGCUCCACACCAAAGUCUCUAACACUCUGGUCCGAAUGUACGCAAAGUGUGGGAGCCUGGACGAUGCUCACCGCGUGUUUGAUUCAAUGCCCAGCCACGAUGUUGUGUCGUGGAACUCUCUCAUGUUUGGCUAUGCCCAGAUUGGAGAUGCCCACUCGGCUCUUCACCUCCUCUCGACCAUGCAAUCGCGGAACAUAGAGCCCAAUUCUCUCAGCUACGUCGCGGUUCUCAAGGCCCUCUGUGCAAGCUUGGAGAUUCAUAGCGAGAAAGAAGAACUGGAAGAAACCAUCCAAGCUGACGAGAUUCAAGGAAAGUUUCUUGGAGUAUCAUAUGAUCUUCGGUGGUUUCUAGACAAGGGAGUGUUCGUUCACUUGGCAGUAGCGAGGAGAGGAUUCGCGAUGGACUUGAUACUUCUCAAUUCCUUGAUCCAUAUGUAUGCAAGGUGUGGGAGCUUGCGAGAGGCGCAGCGAGUUUUUGAUCGAAUGCAAUACCACGACGUGAUCUCGUGGACGUCUCUCAUCUCCGGCUAUGGCGAGACUGGCGAGCUCGAUCUGGUUUUGCGCUUGCUAUCGCUCAUGCAAGUCGAAGGGAUCGCUCCCAACUCCGUGACUUACGCCGCGGGUUUCAAGGCUUGCUCAACGAGUGCCGAGAGAGAACGAGGCGUGCUUCUAGCCGGGAAGGUCGUGAAAGUGGUGUCGCUGCGAAAGGCCAAGCUCCUCCACUCUCAAGUAGCGAAAUCCCGGCUCGAGAUGGAGAUGCUCGUCGCAAACUCGCUGCUGAGGAUGUACGCCAAGUGUGGGAGCUUGGAGGAGAUGAGGGGAGUCUUCGAUAGGAUGGCUGCUCGAGAUCUCGUAUCUUGGAACUGUGUGAUCCUUGGCUAUGCCGAGUGUGGCGAGGGCCGAGCUGCGCUAGAGCUCUUCUCGGAGAUGGCAUUGAUUCCAGUCGUCCCGGAUGCUCGGACUUUCGUGGCCGCUCUCAAGGCCUGUGCAAGCUUCGAUGGUAGCAGCGAUGGAGUGAAAGCUCUGUGCUUGGAAAAGGGAAUGGAGAUCCACUCGCAAAUCGUCCAGAGGAGCCAUGGAGGCGAGCUCGAGGCAAAGGUGGCGAAUAGCCUCGUCAACAUGUACGCCAAGUGUGGAAGCUUGCAAAGCGCUCGAGAGGUGUUUGAGAGGAUGCCGAGCCGCACGGUCGUGUCCUGGAACGCUCUCAUCUUCGGCUACGCCGAGAGUGGCGAUGCGAGGCUGGCGGUGGAGCUCUUCUGCCGGAUGAAACGCGAGAGCACCGUGAGAGCCGACACUCUAACUUUCGCCGCGGUGCUCAAGGCCUGUGGAAGCCUGGGGGACCUGGAAACCGGGAGGAAGAUCCACGCCGAGGAGAUUGGAUCAGUCCACAGGCACGAUCCCGUCGUUGGGAGCUCGCUCGUCAGCUUCUAUGGCAAGUGCGGGAGCGUGGACGAAGCUCGCCAAGUCUUCCACUCCAUGGAUCGAGGCAGCAAGGAUCUGGUGACUUGGAACUCGCUGCUGGAAGCUCACAGCCACGCGGGAGACACGAGCAGCGUGUUGGAUCUCUUCGAGCAAAUGCUGCGCGAGCGUGUCCAAGUGAACGGCGUGACUUUCCUCUCGCUGCUCACGGCUUGCAGCCACGCGGGGCUGGUCGACAAAGGCCGGGAGUUCUUCGAGCUCAUGAGCACCAAGUUCGGGAUCUCUCCAAACAUGUUGCACUACACCUGCCUGGUGGAUCUCCUGGCCCGUGCAAACCAUCUGGACGAGGCGGUGGCGGUGGUGGAGAGGAUGCCUUUCGAGCCCGACUCCACAGUGUGGGCCUCGGUGCUGGGAGCGUCGGAGAAGUGGAGAAACGUGAGCAUCGCGGAGAUGGCGUUCGACUCGAUGAUCAAGCUGAACGACAGGGACGCUGGAGCCUACGUUGUCAUGGCCAACGUGUAUAGAAGAGCUGGAAUGGUGGACCAAAGCUGCAAAGUUCUCGAGCGAGCUGGCGGAAGGGCUGGGAGCUAGCAGUUCACCUCAAAGUACUCGUGUAUCAAACAUCGAGAGAGCUCUGUUGAUUGAAACUCUUAUCGGAGUUCCUCUC